AUGGGUCAGCGCGUGGUGAGUACACUGGGAUAUUACCUCCCUCGGCUGUUCCUGACCAGAUCUAGGCCUCACAACUGGAGAGCUAUAGAGCGUGAGCUCGAUGAAAUUUCACCUCUCGCUAUGCCACUAGGCUCCGCACCGGACAGCAAUAAAGCGAUGCAAUCGCACGUGAAACUCCGAGAAAGAGGCUUACGACCAUGGUACAUAAUUUUACGUUCGAAAGACUUUUCAGACAUCUCACUGAUCCUAGCAUCUCUAGCCCAACUUGGUCCUCCAGCUCAAACGGUUCACUCGGGCUGUGCUAUCAACGUCGCUCCUCGCCUCAUCAAGACCUACGCCCAGCUUGAAGUCGUUCUCAAGGGAGUGCCUUAUUGUCCUCAGCUGUGCAUGCGCCUCAAGCAAAGAUUUGUAACUAUGCAGGCGAUAUCGCUUCUCGUCGCUUCAGAGCCUAAGCUUCGCUCGGAGACGCUUCCAAGAGAGCUCCAAACGACUUCACUCCCUAUGGACAUUGCCAUGGAGGCCACUUCUCGAUGCUCCAAUGCUCCGCCAGGCUUUGAACAAAAGUCAAGACCCCUUGUCACAACAGGACUUAACAACGGUAUGCACAGACCACUUUUCGUAUGCAACAACGCUAAGGGCUUCUCUCGUUUUCUCACCAUGAAGCAGUUUUCUCGACCCAUGUGGGUGUGGAACACAUACUCCAUCAUCAGCUCUUCGGCAACAACUGCUGAGCUCCUUUCAGCCGCAAAUUGCUCUUCUAUCACCGACCUUUACCCGUACAUGGACGCAUCGCAUUAUGGAACAUAUUUCGAUUUAAUCAGAAGCUUCAUCUCAAGAUCAUACGCACUCAACAUCCAUGUCUGGGCUCUUGAAGGAGGAAGAGUCUAUUUCAGCGACACGGACGGCCCAGCUCACUUCUACAAAGGCAUCCAGAACCUCAUCGGCUAUAACACUCAAGUCCAGGCGAGCGAGAAGUUUGCAGGCUUCUCAGCUGAUCUGGAGCCAUAUGCAAGAAACCCGUCGGGGUCGUUGCACGGAUCGUUCCACAAUGGCGUUAAGGAUUCCGACCUUGAGACUGCAGCCGGAACCGGAGUGUGGCAGGAGUCACAGGCUGCAGAUCGCUCUGCUCUCAUGCGCGACUGGCUAGACAUCCAUCAAGCCGCCAAAGCCAUGUUGAACGCAGCUGAUUUGCCACUAGCCGCAGCAUUUCCCCAUUGGACUUCCAAUUACUGUGGUGAGCCGCUACAGGUGAGGUGGCCAGACGAGAAUGCGACUCUUCGAAAUGUAAUGGAACUGAUGAUGACUUGUGUUGACGACUACGUGGUCAUGAGUUAUCAUACUGAGCCUACGCAUGCUGCCAAUCGCGUGGUCAAAGUGGCCGAGUGUGCAUCGCGGCUGAGGCUGUCAGGAGGUAAAUGCAGACCGCGUGUUUUUGCUUCGGUCGAAACGACAACCGGAAUUGGAGAAAGGGUCUCUUACGGCGAUGCGGCCAUUGGAUCGUCGAGGGCUGCUGUGAUCAAGGAUAUCGAUAUUAUAGUGGCUGGGCUCCAGGAGCAUGAUUCUUUCGCGGGCGUAGCCAUUCACGCAUGGUCUGGCUGGCGCGAGCUUUCAGAGUGA